AUGGGGCGGGAAGAAGGCUGGCGAGGGUUCAUGCGAGGAAAUGGAACGAACUGUAUUCGCAUCAUCCCUUACUCUGCGGUUCAGUUUGGGAGUUACAAUUUUUACCAGCAAUUUGUAGAAUCUUCCGAUGGCGAAAUGACCCCAAUGCGUCGUCUUGUUUGUGGAGGUGCUGCAGGUAUCACCUCGGUGACUAUCACCUACCCUCUGGAUAUUGUUCGCACCCGGCUUUCUAUUCAAUCUGCUUCGUUUGCCGAUCUCGGCACAAGAGAACCAGGGCAAAAAUUGCCAGGCAUGUUCACCACAAUGGUCAUGAUCUAUAAAACCGAAGGUGGGACAAAGGCUUUAUAUCGUGGUAUUACCCCUACAGUUGCCGGUGUAGCUCCCUAUGUGGGACUCAAUUUUAUGACCUACGAAUCGGUCCGCAACCGUCUGACACCGGAGGGGGAGAAGAACCCUAGCUCUUCUCGAAAAUUACUGGCUGGCGCGAUAUCAGGAGCAGUUGCCCAGACAUGCACAUAUCCUUUCGAUGUGCUGCGCAGGCGUUUCCAAAUCAACACGAUGUCAGGGAUGGGUUACCAAUAUACCUCAAUAUGGGAUGCUGUGAGAGUCAUCGUUGCCGAAGAAGGAGUGCGAGGAUUAUUCAAAGGAAUCGGGCCGAAUCUUCUAAAAGUUGCUCCCAGCAUGGCUAGUAGCUGGUUGAGCUUUGAGAUGACUCGUGAUUUCUUUGUCGUCAAGUCUAGCGUAGGGCUAAACCCACACACCACUGUCCAGCCGAAAGUCAAGGAUCAAAAACUUCUUGCACUUUCCAUACGGGUGCGACAGCAAGCUAUUUCCCAGGUAGUCGAUCAAUACACAGCCAUGGGUAUCGACCUGGACCGCCACCAUGUGCGGAGCAGCCACCGCAAGGCUCCCAAGAGCGAGAACGUCUACUUGCAGGUUCUGGUGAAGCUUUACCGCUUCUUGGCUCGCCGUACCGAGUCCAACUUCAACAAGGCCGUUCUCCGCCGUCUCUUCAUGUCGAGAAUCAACCGCCCCCCGGUUUCCCUUUCUCGCGCUGUCGCCAACAUCAGCGAGGCGCAGAAGGGCAAGACAGUCGUCGUCAUUGGCACUGUGACCGAUGACAACCGCCUUUUGAAUGUCCCCAAGCUGUCGAUCGCCGCUCUCCGUUUCACUGCUACCGCUCGCGCUCGCAUUGAGAAAGCCGGUGGUGAGACUCUGACUCUGGACCAGCUUGCUCUCCGCGCCCCCACUGGUGCCAACACUCUCCUCCUGCGUGGACCCAAGAACGCUCGUGAGGCUGUGAAGCACUUCGGCUUCGGUCCUCACACCGACAAGAAGCCAUAUGUGGCCAGCAAGGGCCGCAAGUUCGAGCGGGCUCGUGGUCGCAGAAGGUCGAAGGGUUUCAAGGUUUAA